CUGACCGCGCGCAUGCGUACUCCAUCCCACAAAUCAAAUAUGGCGACUCCGGUUUGACGAUAUCUUCUGUGCAGACAAAUUUCUCCCGGAUUUCACCGAUUCUGGUGGACUUUACAUCUCAUUCUGCGGCCUGCCAUCGCCUAGAACAACAAGAUGACGACAGCAGAGCUUUACACAAAGGGAGCCCAGGUGUGGGUGCCCCACCCAGAGCUGGUAUGGCAGGGGGCGGAGCUCACCAAGGACUACAAACCUGGGGACAAGGAGAUGCACUUGGAGACGGAGGAGGAGAAAGAGACUAUUGUGAAGAAAGUGAAGUCCGAUGAGGACCUUCCACCGUUGAGAAACCCGGACAUCCUGGUGGGUCAGAACGACCUGACGUCUCUCAGCUACCUGCACGAGCCCGCUGUCCUGUACAACUUACAGGUCCGCUUCCUGCAGAACAAUGCUAUCUACACAUACUGUGGUAUUGUGCUGGUGGCCAUCAACCCGUACGAGCAGCUCCCGUUGUACGGAAAUGAGAUGGUGAUGGCGUACACAGGGCAGGACAUGGGACAGAUGGACCCUCACAUCUACGCUGUGGCAGAGGAAGCUUUCAGACAAAUGCAAAGAGAUGAGAAAAACCAGUCCAUCAUUGUGAGUGGUGAAUCGGGCGCAGGAAAGACAGUGUCAGCAAAGUACGCCAUGAGAUACUUCGCUACCGUGGGAGGGUCGUCAGACGACAUGGAAGCCAGCAUCGAGCAGAGAGUGCUGGCCUCAAACCCAAUCAUGGAGACCAACUGGAGCCAAUUCCUUAGUGUAGGGGAGUACUCGGCAGAAACCGCCAUCGAGAGAAAGGUCCUGGCGUCAAAUCCCGUCAUGGAGGCGAUCGGUAAUGCCAAGACCAUCAGAAACGACAACAGCAGUCGUUUUGGCAAGUACAUCCAGAUCGGCUUCAACAAGAACUACACGAUCAUCGGCGCCAGCAUGCGCACGUAUCUGCUGGAGAAGUCGCGUAUCACGUUCCAGGCGGAGAACGAGAGAACCUACCACAUCUUCUACCAGCUGUGUGCAGCCGCAGACCUGCCUGAGUUUGAGGACUUCUGUCUGAGUGACCCAAUGAACUUCAACUACACUAACCAAGGUGGGGACCCUGUUAUCAAGGACUUGGAUGACUUGGAGGAGUUCCACAAUACCAAGCAGGCCAUGACAUUGCUAGGAUUCUCUGACAAGAUCCAGCAAGAAAUCUUCAGAAUACUGGCCGCUCUGCUGCACUUGGGCAACAUUGAAGUGGAUGAAAACUUUAAGGACUCAGAGAAGUGUUUCAUAGAUCCUGAAAAUCCCCACCUGUACGCCGUAGCAGAGCUGCUAGGAGUGGACAUGAACCAGUUCCGUAAGUGGAUGUGCAACAGGAAGAUCACAGCUGUGCACCAAGUCAUCGAGAAACCACUCAGGUCAUCUGAGGCCAUGCAUGGACGGGAUGCCCUGGCCAAGUUCCUGUACGGUCAGCUGUUCGAUUGGAUCGUGUCUAAGAUCAACAAUGUCCUGACUCCACAGUCCAAGGAGAACUCCUUCAUUGGGGUCUUAGACAUCUAUGGGUUUGAAGUCUUUGAAUUGAACAGCUUUGAGCAAUUCUGUAUCAACUAUGCCAAUGAGAAGCUUCAACAGCAGUUCACUCAGCAUGUGUUUAAGCUGGAGCAAGAAGAAUAUGUGCGAGAAGAGAUCACGUGGUCGUUCAUUGACUACUACGACAACCAACCCUGCAUCGACCUGAUAGAGGCGAAACUCGGCCUGCUGGACUUACUUGAUGAGGAGUGCAAGCUUCCUAAAGGCUCUGACCAAAACUGGUGCCAGAAGCUUUACGACAAGCACCUGAAGAAAGCCAAGCACUUCGACAAGCCCAGAAUGUCCAACAAGGCCUUCAUCAUCUUUCACUUUGCUGACAAGGUGGAAUACCAAGCUGAAGGUUUCCUUGAGAAAAACAGAGACUUGGUCAACGAGGAACAUAUCAAUAUUCUACGAGCGAGCGAGAAGUUCCAACUAGUCGCUGACCUGGUAUCCGCCAAAGGGGGAGUCCCAGGACCACCCCCUGCAAAGAAGGGGAAGAUCACCAUGAAGCAUCUCCCUCAGAAACACAAGCAGCCCAGCAAAGAAAUGAGAAAGACUGUCGGCUUACAGUUUAAGGAAUCGCUGUGCUUGCUGAUGGAAACCCUCAACUCCACCACUCCACACUACGUCAGAUGUAUUAAGCCCAACGACGAGAAGCAGGCUUUCACGUUUGAGCCAAAGCGAGCGAUGCAGCAGCUGAGAGCCUGUGGUGUACUGGAGACCAUCCGUAUCAGCUCCGCAGGUUAUCCAUCCAGAUGGACCUAUCCUGAGUUCUUCCAGCGUUACCGUGUCCUGAUGGUGUCCACAGAGAUCAAACGUGAAGACAUGAAGAACACCUGUGCUACUGUCGUCUCCAGACUCAUCAAGGACCCAGACAAGUUCCAGUUCGGUAAGACGAAGAUAUUCUUCCGCGCGGGACAAGUGGCGUACAUGGAGAAGCUGCGGUCCGAUAAGCUUCGCGCAUGCAGCAUCAUGAUCCAGAAGCAUAUCCGGGGCUGGCUGAUGAAGAGACGCUAUCAGAAGCUGAAGCAGCUUGCUCUGUGGCUCCAGCAACGCACGCGAGGAAUACUGGCCAGAAGAUAUCUGAAGUGGAUGCGCCAGACCAAGGCUGCAACUACAAUCCAGAAACGUUUCCGUGGAUACUUGGCACGAAGCCGCUACCAGAAGAUGCGCUGGACCAUCCUGCGUAUACAGGCAUGGACCCGGGGGAAGUUCGCCAGGAUUCGCUUCCUACAGUUGCGAUUCGAGGUUAAGGCCCGACUGAUCCAGCGUGCGUGGCGGGGAUACGUGGCUCGGAAACGCUACUGGCAUGAGAUGCAGUCUAUCAUCCUCAUCCAGAGCUGCUGGCGCCGAUGGCUGGCCAAGAAGGAGCUCAAGAAACUCAAGAUCCAGGCCAAAUCUGUUGACCACUACAAGAAACUCAACAAAGGAAUGGAGAACAAGAUCAUAGAUCUGCAAAGGAAGCUCAAUGAACAGAACAAGGAAUCCAAGGAGCUCCAUAAGAAGGUGGAGGUCAUCCAAGACCUGCAGACACAAGUGACGGAACUCAAGAAGACCGAAGAAGUUGCCAAGGUCUCCACCAACAAGGUGCAUGAACUGGAAGACGAGAUCACCAAGCUUAAGGCAGAGUUGGACCUCACCAAGAAGGAGAAACAGAUGCUGGAAGAAGAGGGAGAAAUCUUCAAAGAAGAGCAAGAAAUGUUAAACACAGCACUGAAAGCAGAGAUAGACAGACUGGCCACAGAGAAUAAGGAACUCAUGGAGAAGGUGACACUGCAAGAGGAGGAGUUCCAAGCUGCACAUGUUCCAGAGCUAGAGCUGGAAAAACAAGAGUUGGAGGGAGAAUUAGCUCAAGAAAGAUCACAGCAUCAGCAGCUGAUUAAGGACUAUGCCAGAAUGGAGCAAAGAUACGAGAACAUGCGGGAUGAAAUGACGCUGCUCCAGCAAGGCAAGUUAGCGGAUGGGGACUCUGCCGUGCCCAGCCCCCGCAUGCACCGCCGCGCCGGCUCUGACGUGAGCAGCGUCGACCUGAACUCUGAGUCGGGCUACGGAACCAUCGGCAAGGGCGAGGGGGAAGAACAGGACUCACCAAGGGCUCCUCCCCGCGUGAAAAGUCUUAAGAAACAUGCGCAGGAACUCGAGGGUGAAAACCAGAGACUCAAAGUCAUGGUGGAGUCCCUGGACGAGGAGAAGGCGCGUAUGGAAACCAUGUUGGAGGCGGAGACUGGGUCGGAGGUCGGCAUCCUGGUCGGCCUUCAGAAGAAGGUGGAAGCCCUGAGCAGGGAAAACGAGAAACUGUCGGCUUUGGCGGAGGGAAAAGAGCUGCCCAAGGACAAGGAUGAGGAAAACCAGGCUGAAGUCAUGGCACGGCUUCAGAAACGCCUCGAAGAGGUGGAAAGUGAGCGAAAGAAACUUGAAGAUGUCCUUGAGGAAAAAGAAAAGGAAGUGAAAGAACAACAGGCGGAUUUAGUGGAUGGUGGCCCAGAAGUCAAGAGAGAAUUUGCCAUCCUUCAGAGGAUGAUAGAAGUGCUUGAGGGAGAUAAUGAAGCCCUCUUGGACGAUCUCAAGUCCAAGGAAAAGAUUGCCCUCGAGAACGAAGCCCUCAAGAAAAACAUCAACACACUCGAGGAUGAUAACAAAAGCCUUUUGGAAAACAUCAAAGCUAAGGAACACGCCCUGCUUGAAAAGGAGGAAGCUUUAGACCAAUACUUGGAGGAGGGAGGACGUAUGGAAUAUGAACUGGAAGACUUCCAGAAAAGUCUGGGGGAAAUGAGAACCAUUUUCCAGGAAGAAGCCGUGGAAAAAUCCAAACAGCUCAUUGCCAAGCAGGAAACGAUUGACAGAUAUGUGGCACGGGAAGCCGAACGGGAAGAAACGAUAAGACUCCUUCAAGAACAGCUAGCUCUCCUGACAGGGAAGAUAGAAGUCAUGCAGGGGUAUCUCCAAGACAUGGAGUUUGAGUUUAAAGAAACCACCACUAAGUUAGAAGAAGAGAAGAGAGCAGCCGUAAACCAGUUAGAAACUCAGAUGGAGGAACUAGCGCUAGAGAAAGACACCCUAGAUGCAGUGAUGGAAAAAAAGGAAAGAGAGGCAGAAGAAAUGAGACAAAAGAUGGCAAAAGAGAAGGAUAGUGUUGUGAGCGAAAUGCAGGAAGAACUAGAGAAUAUUCUAGCAGAGAAACAAAAGUUAAAGAUGGCAAUAGAGGAAAAACAGCAGGAAAUGGCAGAGACUGCCCAAAAGAUAGAAGAAGAAAAGGAAGAAGAGUUAGCAAGGGUGCAGGAGCAUCUGGAAGCAGUAGAGACAGAGAAGGAAAACAUAAGGAGGGAGAUGGCUAAGAAAGACAUAGUGAUGAAGGAGAAGUUGUGGAAGCUAGAAGAAGAAAAGAAGGCCCUAGUCGCAGAGUAUCAAGACGAGUUGGAGCGUCUUACAGAUGACGCCGACGUUCUUGAUGCUUUACUUGAGAAAAAGAACCAAGAAAAGCUAGACAUUGAAAACAAAUUGAAAACAGAAAAGUCUAGUGCAGUGUCAGAGCUACAGGAAGAGUUAGAGGCCAUUCAGUUCCAGAGGGAGAAAUUGCAAGCUGCUCUAGAUGAAAAAGAAGUAGCCAUGGCUCAGACAGCUAUCAAAUUACAGGAGGAGAAAGAUAGGGACCUUAAGAAGGUAGUGAUGGAGCUAGAGAAGGAGAAGGAAAAGUUUGAGGCAGUGGUAGGAGAAAAGGAAAGUGAGAUAGUGAAAACAAAGGAAGAGCUACGCGCUGAGAAGGAGGCAGCUCUCUCCGAGAUGCAGCAACAGAUGAAUGAGAUAAUAGGAGAGAAGGAAAAGUUGUCCACAAGCCUGAGUGAGAAGGAAAAGGAGAUUGUGGAAAGUGUGGAGAAGCUCAAAGCUGAGAAGGAGAGAAGCGGUUGCACUUACUGAACCUCCAAAACCACGUCACCAAACUGGAACAGGAGAACAAAGACCUGCAGGAAGCCCUGGAUGUUGCGAAGAUGAAGAGAUUCGAUAUUGCCAACCUUCCUGAGGAGAUGAGCGAUCUUGUAGAGGAGAACAAAAAACUGAAGAACGAUAUCACCAACUUGCGCCAGGCCGUCGCGGACAGUAAUACCGAGGAAGAGUUAGUCAAACAGCUGGACGUGCUCACCGAAGAGCUCAUGGUCCGAAGGGAGGAAGUUUUGACCCUGAAGACGUCCAUGGUUGACCAGGAAGGCCACAUUGAGAACAGUGACCAGUGGGAUAAGGAGACCAUGACAGAUCUGGACCUGUACCUGUACCCACCUGAGUACCUGGAGUCACUGAAUGAAGAUGGGGAACUCAUGCAGGCUUACCUCACACAGAAGGAGACCAACAGAUUACUAGAGGCUCAGAUGCAAGCAUCCAAAAAGAAUGCAGAGUUCCAAGAGCAGGAGCUGAGAAAUGAGAUCGCUGCUCUGAAGGAAGAGAACAUCAGACAGCAGAAACUCCUGGGACAGCAGACAGAUAGGCGAGAUAGUGCUUGGUCAGUCCACUACGUUCCAGAUGUCGACCAGUCUAACUUGCAGCUGACUCCAGAAGCCAGAAUAGAGGCCAACCUGCAGCAUGAGAUCACCAGACUAACUGCAGACAACCUGGAUCUGCGGGAGGAAGUGGAGAACCAUGAGAAGCAGCAGCGAAGACUCAAGAAACAGAUCAAGAUCUUGAUGAAGAGACAGAACAUGCAGGGUGGCGAUCAGUCUGCUUUAACACCAGAUGCGGGAUCGGAACCAUCACCAAAGGAUGACGAGGGUGGUCCACACGUGAAAACGAAGGACGACAGAGUCUUCAUGGGCAUGUUAGAGUACAGGAAGGAGGAUGAACAGAAACUCAUCAAGAACCUCAUCAUAGACCUGAAGCCCAAGUCAGCUGUGAACAUGCUGCCUGGCCUGCCAGCGUACAUCCUGUUCAUGUGCAUCCGACACGCAGAUUACAUUGGAGAUGACAACAAGGUCAAGUCCCUCCUCACCGGAACCAUCAACGGCAUCAAGAGAGUCCUCAAGAAGCGGAAUGAAGAUUUUGAGACGGUAUCCUUCUGGCUGGCCAACACAUGCAGACUACUCCACAACCUGAAGCAGUACAGUGGAGAGGAGUCCUUUGCCAACCAGAACAACAAGCAGCAGAACGAACACUGUCUGCGUAACUUUGACCUGACGGAGUACCGACAGGUGCUGAGUGACCUGGCCGUGCACAUCUACCAGAUGAUGAUCAAGAUCAUGGAGAGUAAACUGCAGCCCAUGAUAGUCCCAGGCAUGUUGGAACACGAGGCCAUCCCGGGGGUGUCAGGUGGUGCCCGCCCCUCAGGCAUGAGGCAGCGCACUCAGAGCAUCUCCGAUGAGAUGGGGGGGAGGUAUACCCUCAACUCCAUACUCAAACAGCUGUCGGUGUUCCACAGUAUCAUGACGACCCACGGCAUGGACCCUGAGCUGGUGAAACAGACCUUCCGCCAGACCUUCUACAUCAUCGGGGCAGGCACCCUCAACAACCUGCUGCUCAGGAAGGAGAUGUGCCAUUGGUCCAAGGGCAUGCAGAUCAGAUACAACGUGAGCCAGUUGGAGGAGUGGUGUCGUGACCACCACCUGUCGGACAGCGGUGCCAUCCAGUCGCUGGAGCCGGUCAUCCAGGCCGCCCAGCUGCUGCAGGUCAACAAGAAGACGGAGGAGGACGCCAAGGCCAUCUGUGACACCUGCAAGAAACUCAGCAGUCAACAGAUCAUCAAAAUCCUGAACCUGUACACUCCUGUCAACGAGUUUGAAGAGCGGGUGUCCAUCUCCUUCAUACGGAUCAUCCAGGCCCGUCUUAAGGAGCGGAAGGACAUCCAGAGCACCCUCCUCCUGGACACCAAGUUUUCUUACCCCGUCACCUUCCCCUUCAACCCCUCUUCACUCCAACUUGACUCCAUCCAGCUUCCGGAGGCUCUCAACGUUACCUUCUUAAGAAAAGUAUAAGGACGUCCUGCAUGCAAUGGUGUUACAUGUCAUCUCAUAAGCAAACCCACCCCUCCAUUAGAAUGGUUCUUCCCAUUAUUGUCUUGGAGUAGGUCUACAACUGGCCACAUCCACUUUCUACAAAGGGGUGGCAAACACAGCUCAGCACAUGCAAAAUAGAUAGAUGUAACAUUCUAUACCAGAGUGGUCACCUACUUGCAACAUUUAACCAAUGAGCACUCAGGACACCGUAGAAGAUGCUGUUACAGAAGGAUCGUUGUAAUUGGUUGGUUGGUACAAUGUUUCAGGUGGUGUGAUAGGGUAUGUAUGAUCUGAGCUAUCCAAUCAGGCUUUAGUUUAUAUGUAGCUGGUUUUGUGACUGAGAGUAUGUGAUAUUUGUGUGUAGAGGAAUAUUUGAGCAGUAAUUAGAGUUGGAAAGAUUUGUACAGGUGAAAAUGGAGCUGGAAAAACAAUCUUUUGCGGAAAAUAAGCCAUGUAGGUCCAAUAGUAAAUGCAAAUGUUAGAGUAUUGGCUCACUACAUGUAGGUUGCCACUGACUUGCACAGCAAGUAUGAAUGUUACAUAGGAAAGCCAAGGUCCUGGUACAACAUGUUUUACAGUUAGGCAACAUUUUACAGCAGUCACUAUUUUUAUCUCAGUGAUAUCUCAUUAAUGUGAGUAGAUAUGGCCCAGCACUGCAAAAAUGUAAGUCUUCUUGCCAUUUAAAAUUUUGUGAUUUAAGUUCAUUAUCUAUGUCCUGGAAAGUCAUGUCAUAUAUAUACACAGUAUAAUGCCCGCUGGGUAGUUAAGAGGGUUUUCUUCACUUGCGGGCAUGACCCCUAUAUGGGACACCCUUCACGUAGCGGGCUAGUUUGGGGCACGGCCGGUCACAGGAUUUCUUAAGUUCAGAAUUAAAAUCAAUCUGGGACCCUGCAACAGAUAAACCCCAUAAACAAUCUGUGAAUUUGUGCCCCCUGUGUAUGGCAGUCCACCGGGAAAAAAUUGUCAGCAGUGGACAUGUAACCAUAGCGUAAGUUGGCUCUUUCCUUUUCAAACAAUACUAUACUCUGUAUGUGAAUGGAGUUUGUCUAAGCAGUUUGAACCUGUAUAACCUCUAAUCAUGGUACAUUUCAUUGCAUUGCAGUAUUAUAGUCAAUUACACUACCGUAAAGAUGCACUAAGUGUUGGUACAGUGUACUGUAAAACUAGUUACUUUUUACCAUAGUGGGAUACAUUAUGUCGGAGAUGUGAAUCAACUUUGCUGGCAACAAAGAUUUAUUACUUCUUAUUUCAAAAACAUGAGAAAAGACAGAUUUCUGAUCAAAAAAAGAUAAAGGACAAUGGUAGCUAAUAUAUUCAUUAUGUAUUAAUAAUAAAGCAAGUUAUAUAGACAAUGGAUGGUCUAUGCUUUGUAUAGGAAGGUGAAAGGAAGAAUUUUCAAUUGUUUUAGAGAGAUUGUAGCAAAUUGUGGCUGAUGUACAUGGAAUAUUCUAUAUGCAGUGAAUCAAGAAGAGUGAUGGUAGAGAGGUUUAGAAAGAUGUUCCUAGAGUGUAAUAGUGCAAUUCUAACAUUACAAAUGUAUGGGAUGAAAAGAUUUGAUAUUGUGCAAUGAAUUCUGCUGAUUAUUAAAGAAAACGUGAUGACUUGUUAGAAUGUUGACAGUGACAAUAGAGAAAUCACUGCGUAUUGUCGGGAACUUUCAUACAUUCUCCUUUUGUGUCGUGGGUAACUAUCGUUGAUUGUGAAUUUACAAGCAGCUGUUGAUAGUGGUAGUUUCCCCCUAUCAGAUAUUGUAGCUGUAAAGUCUCCAAAAUAGAGUCAUUUUACACUAGCUCGAAGCAAUCUGGAAACAGUUCAUGACCAAAAGUUUAAAAGUAUGACGAUUUGAAAAUACACGUCGUAACAGGAAAGUUGUUAGACACUGGUAAAUAUGCAAUAGCUAAUGCUAACUGGAUAUCUCAUACUGAUUUAUAAAUGUUUUUUCGACUGGGUUUUACUCUAUGUAAAACAUUGCUGCAAAUGUGGGUUGGGUUUGAUAUGCAUGCCGAGUAGAUAGUUUGUAUGCGUAUUAGUCUUGAUCGUAAGGUUAGGUGCAAAACGGUCCUGGAUAUUUUAUGUUUGUAUUGUGCUAAGAAAAUUAUUUUGCUAUCUACGUUUUUUUUGUACAAAACCCAGGUGGUUUGUUUGUUAAUUGAAUUAGUAGCAAUUCCUGCUCCUAACCCCCUUUCAAAAUAUUUGAACCUUGACCUCAACAGUCAUCAUCCAAUCAAAAUGCAGCAGCAUAAGUAUAGAAUUGUGUACAUCAACAAAAGAUAACAGUUGCUUCAAGCCAUAUUUGAUGCCACUUUAUUGCUGUGCUACAGAAAAUGGAAGAAAGCAUUAAAACAUGUAGUAAAAACACUUUAUUGACACAACUUGCUUGUGCCCAGAAAGAAACACAUUGCGUCUGUGAUUAUAUAUAACCAAAGCGAUCCAUAAUGAUUUACUGUGAUAUAUAUGUAUAAUGCAGUAUACGUUUGAGCCGGGAAUCCUCUUGUGUAUAUUGGGUAACGGGUGCUGUUCUUGUGGAUUAAUUCCUAUAUUUAUCGGGGAUACAGGUGGAUAAUAUCCUGAUAUUUAUGAUCAUGAAUAUAGAGUGUUGAUCUGAGGUUUUCUUUGUGACCCAAGCUUGCAGUAGAUGCUGUUGAUUUGUACAUGUUUACAUGGCAACUAUGUGUAAUGCAGUCAGAAUCAUGAGAUAGAUUAAUACACAUUGGAGAAGAAAGGAAAUACA